AUGGACAAUAAUUAAACACUAAUAUGUUCAGAACAUCAAAUGCAAGUGCAAUUGAUUGUUUUAAAUAAAUAAUUGACAAAGUAAUAGAGACUAUUGUGCCAGUAGUGUAUCAACAAUAUGGAGGGAAAUUAUAGGUUUAUUGGAUAUGAUAAAUUUAAAUAAUAUGUAGAUGAUAUUCAACAUGAAAAGAAUCAAAUAAUUGAUAAAGUAGUCAAUAAAAAAUUAGAAAUAAUUGAAAUAAUUUAGAACUAAGUUGAUUAAUCAAAAUCUGAGUAAAUUCAAAAAUUUGAUCUCCUGCAAUCUUAGAUUAACAUUUGGAAAGAAAAUUUAAAUAAAACAAAAGCGAUAUAUUAAUAAUCGAAUUAUUAUUAAAAUGUUGAUUUAUUUUUGGAAAACGGUUUACAAUAUCUGUAAAUAAACCAAUUACAAUUCUACACAGAAUUGAGGGAGACUCUAAUCGCUCUUCAACAAAAUUAUUAACCAAAGAUAAUUCUAUUGCUUAAUCAGCUUAUUGAAAUUCCAAAAUUACUCUAAGCAAAUUAUGGCAUUUUUGAAGCUCUCUAGAAUGAGGAAAUAUCAAACUUAAAAGUGGAUAAACUAUCGACUAAAGUAGAAAUUAAAUAAAUGAAUGAGGUUUAGGCUUAAGAUGAAUGGUGUUAUGCAAUUCAAUUUGAUAAAAAAGGAGAAAAAAUGAUAUCUACUUCUUCCAAAGAUAUAAAAGUCUGGAGCUUUAAUCAAGGCAAAUUUCAAUUAAUAUAAAAAUUGAAAGGACAUCUAGAUAAUGUAACGUGUUUACUAUUCGCUCCAUAAUCUGAUUGCAUCAUCUCAGGCUCAUAGGAUCAAACCCUAAUGUGCUGGAGUAUGAAUGAUAAAAAUUAAUAUAUAUCCUAAUUUACAGUCAAGUAGCAUAGUGCGAAAGUUUAUUGCAUUAUUUUAAAUCAAUUUGGAGAUGAACUUAUCUCUUCAAGCAAAGAUAAAUCAAUUAAAAUCUGGAAAUUUGAUCCAGUUGGCAAAAAUUUACAGAUUUAAUAAUCAUUAGAAAAACAUAAUGAUUCUGUGUACUCGGUGUGUUUAAAUUAGUCAGAAACUUUAUUAGCCUCUUGUGGACAGGAUCAAUAAAUAAUAAUUUGGAAAAGAGACGAAUAAAGUAAAUGGCAAUUCAAUUAGGUUGUUACUUAAUCAAUCCAAGAUUUUGGUAAGAAACUUCUAUUUCUAAAUGAUGAUUAAUUAUUAUGGAUGACAUCUAGUUAAUAUAAUAACUGUAUCUAGGUCUAUGAAUCCAAAAAUGGAGUAUUCCUGGAAAAUGAGGAAAAGACAAUUUCUCUAAACGGAACUUCACAAUAGGACUAUGUCUCAUUUCCAAUACAAUAUAACAGGGAAAAGAACUUGCUGAUUGUGAGACAUAAAUCAAUUAUUUAUUUAUUGAGAUAAUCUUUUGAAGGUAAAUUUGUAAUUUUUACCAAAAUACCCUGCUAGGAUGAAAAUAGUUAUGGGGCUCUAUCACCUGACGGAAAAUAUCUGGUAUUUUGGGACUGCAGGUAUUACAAGAAAUAAAGAACUAAUGGAUAGUAUUAGGUAAUUGAAUUCAUUUAUUAAUGA